ACCGUUUGCCAACUUUGUCAAAAAUAAAAAAAGGUAGUAACAAGACUCCAGCAAAACGAAGUCGUUCGCACGGGCAAUACGCCAAUACUCAUCCACUAUCAAACUUUUUUAUUAUUUUCUUUUCAAUUAUUUGCGGCCAUCAUCUUUUUUAAUUCUUGUUUUCUAAUCACUUUACUUGAACAUCACAAUUCCUCAAUCCACAGCGUCGCUUCAAUCCUCAACUUCGUUUUCGUUCGUAUUACAAACAUACAUACAUAUUGUUUCGAUUCGAAAUCAAUAGAAGAAGAAGAUGGCUUCGUCAACUUUAAUAUGCGAAACACAGCCGUGGAAAGAUUUGAAGGCUCAUCUGGAUGAUAUUAAAAACACACAUUUGCGUAAUCUCAUGUCUGAUACUGACCGUUGCAAGUCAAUGAUGCUCGAAUUCGAUAAUUUGUUCCUGGAUUACUCGAGGCAGUGUGCCACUACUGACACUAUUGAUAAGCUCUUGAAGCUGGCUGAGGCAGCUCGUCUCAAGGAAAAGAUCACCAGUAUGUUUAAUGGAGAGCGCAUUAACAGCACAGAGAAUAGGCCUGUUCUUCAUGUAGCUCUCCGUGCUUCAAGGGAUGCAGUUAUUCAAAGUGAUGGCACUAAUGUUGUCCCUGAGGUGUGGAAAGUUUUGGAUAAAAUUCGGGAUUUCUCUGAGAGGGUCCGGACUGGUGCUUGGGUUGGAGCUACAGGAAAAGCACUGACAAAUGUCAUCGCAGUUGGUAUUGGUGGGAGCUUUUUAGGUCCUCUGUUUGUGCAUACUGCUCUUCAAACAGAUGCUGAAGCUAUUGAAUCUGCAGCAGGAAGAAAUUUACGCUUUCUAGCGAAUGUAGAUCCUAUAGAUGUUGCUAGAAAUAUCACAGGCUUGAGCCCUGAAACCACCUUAGUUGUUGUGGUCUCAAAGACUUUUACAACUGCUGAAACUAUGUUAAAUGCUCGCACACUGAGAGAAUGGAUCUCGUCUUCUUUAGGGCCUGAGGCUGUUGCGAAGCAUAUGGUUGCUGUCAGUACUAAUCUCACACUUGUCGAGAAGUUUGGGAUUGAUCCAGAAAAUGCGUUUGCAUUCUGGGACUGGGUCGGUGGUCGAUACAGUGUUUGCAGUGCUGUUGGUGUAUUGCCGUUGUCGCUCCAAUAUGGUUUCCCUGUUGUUGAAAAGUUCCUGAAGGGGGCUUCAAGCAUUGAUCAACAUUUCUCCUCUGCGCCUUUUGAAAAAAACAUACCUGUGCUUUUGGGCUUGUUAAGCGUAUGGAAUGUUUCAUUCCUGGGGUAUCCGGCAAGAGCCAUUUUACCUUAUUCUCAAGCCCUGGAAAAAUUUGCGCCACAUAUUCAACAGGUCAGCAUGGAGAGCAAUGGGAAAGGGGUUUCAAUUGAAGGUGUUCCCCUUCCUUUUGAGGCUGGUGAAAUUGAUUUUGGUGAACCUGGAACUAACGGUCAGCACAGCUUUUACCAAUUAAUUCACCAGGGACGUGUUAUUCCUUGCGACUUUAUUGGAGUGGUGAAGAGCCAGCAACCUGUUUACCUUAAAGGGGAAGUGGUUAACAAUCAUGAUGAGCUCAUGUCUAACUUUUUUGCACAACCAGAUGCCCUUGCUUAUGGGAAGACUGCAGAACAGUUGCUUAAUGAAAAUGUUGCGCAGCACCUUAUCAGUCAUAAGACAUUCUCUGGGAACCGCCCUUCUCUCAGUCUUCUUCUUCCAUCUCUAAGUGCAUAUAAUGUCGGCCAGCUGUUGGCAAUAUAUGAACACCGAGUUGCUGUAGAAGGCUUCAUUUGGGGAAUUAAUUCUUUUGACCAAUGGGGAGUUGAGUUGGGAAAGUCACUGGCUUCUCAAGUUAGAAAGCAACUCCACGCAUCACGUAAGAAGAAAGAACCAGUUGAAGGCUUCAAUUUCAGUACCACAACAAUGUUGACAAAAUAUUUAGAGGCAAGUAAAGAUGUCCCAGCAGAUCCUUCUACUCAUCUACCAAACAUGUAACUGCACUUCGGUCUUGCUCUAUCAACAAUAAAGUUGGAUGGCUGGCUGCAAAGUAAUCAUCUGUUACCAACACUUGCACAUUCAGUGCAUAACUAAGAACUCAUUGAACUCGAGUUCCUUCUCCUUCUGAAACUGUGAUAUCACAUUUUGACAACAAUAAGCAGUUUCUUCAGUUUUCCUCA